AUGUUAAUGGGCUACGGUGAUUACUUCCCAUUAGGUCAUUUAUAUCACCACAAUAAUGCCUCCAUAAAAUGUUUACAGAAAUAUAAUUUUGAACAAAUCCGCGACAAGAAGUACAUUGAAUCAGGAUAUUAUCAGCCCGCCGGACCAUUGAUUAAAGAAACUGGUGCUGAUGCGGACAGAACUUUGGGCAGAUAUCAUCCUCCACCACAUUACCAUCCUCCGCAUCCUUCUGUGCUACAACAAUAUGGCCCACCGUACUAUCCAGCGGAGUUGUGCUACGGUCGGUACUACAGAGCUCCAGGGCCCUAUCACAUCCCGCCACCACAACCCGAUGCACAGAUGGUUGGAGUGGGAAGCGAUCCGUAUCCUCCACCACAAUACUACGGAACCCCACCUUGUUAUCAACAUUCACCACAAAGGAUACCAUACGUCGAAUACCGCGGAUGCCCGUGCCCAUUAAACGCGUGUCCAAAAAACGUCCAUAUUGGGCCCGCUACUGGUAAAGCCCCAGCCGGUGGCGGCCCCGCCGACAUCCACGCACUCGCGCCGCCCGGGGGCGCCUUCCGCGCGAAGGUGCGGGCCUGCGCGCUCGACUCCGCCGCCGACACGCACGGCAGCGGCAAGGAUCCGCCGCUUGAACCAGAGCCGCCAGCUGCAGCUGAUGCGCCGCAUCCUUGUUCACUGCCAGCCAUCGGCGGCGCCUCGCCUAAGCGUGAACUUUACGAUGUUCGCGAAAACUUACGCCUCACAGGAGAUGUCCCUGGACCCGCAGAAGCCUUGGGGCCCCCUUCACCGGCCAGGGGAUCUGCGGGAGCAUGUGCUCCCCAGCCUCCCCCUAUCGCCCCACGACGAGCUAGACUCGGAAAAGCAAUGGCAAGAAGGACCCUUGCAGGUGACGACACAGGUCUACUUCUAUCUGCACCACAACCAUCUCUAGCGCCACACAGCGAUGCCGAUGAUGAUGUUCUCGCUAUUUCUCCUCCAAUAUGCGCACCAAUUGAUUUAUCUUCUUCUGAUGAACGGUCGACCCCGUUAGUUGAUGUUAAAAAAGAAAAUGAAGGUCCUACUUCAUACACGACACCCCGAAAAGCUGAUGCGCAAGCUUUAAGAGAGCAUAACAGUGCUACAACCAUCCCCGAUGUACCCGAUGCUACAGAUACUAAUAAAGCUGUGAAACGAAGGUACUCGAAGCCAAAACUAGAAAUUGACAUGAAAGAUAUACAACUUGAUGAAAGCUGUAAAACUAAUGGAAUUGGUGAACAUGUCAAGCUACAGAAACGGAGAAAAGUGUCGGGAGAUCAAGCUGAUAACGUUAGGAUAGAAACAGUAACAAUCGAGCCUAAAAGAAAAACAACACCUAGUACUAAGAGGGCCCCUCGAACACCGCCCGUAGAGAAAAAGUUACUAAAACGUAAAUUAGAAAACUCUACCAACGGCCCUAAAGCUAAAAAAGCGUUAAUUGAAACAAUCGCUGAUGAAGAUCCACGACUUAAAAAUGUUGCAGCAGUCGCCGAUGAGCCAUGUAUUAAAAUACCAAAAACCAAAAGUGCGUUACUUCUUGAUAAUUUAAUUAGGAAAAAUAGUAUUGAUGGUAAAGGCUUCUCGCCAGAUACAGAAUUAAACCCAGCUGAACUAUUUCUUUUACCAAACGAAAACAUUACACAGAAUUGUUCUAAGAAAACCUUAAAUAUCAAUAAUAACAUCGUUGAUAAUAAUUCUACCUGUAACGGAGUACGACCUAAAACAAUAGCUGCUGUAAGUCAACUUAUAGAAAAGAAACUUGCAUUUAAGAACGCUUGCAAGAUAGAUUCAAAAAUCACGCACAAUAUUAAAUCAGUAUUAAAAUCACCCACCGAUAAAGCAGACUUCAAAGAAGAUUGCACCGGUAAAAUGCUGCCUAGCGGCGAUAUAAAUCAAGAUAGUGCAAACACUUUCUCAGAAAAAUGUGAACUCAAAACUGUUGAUGAUAAAUAUGAACCUCUAAAAGACAGUGUUAGUGAUAAUAAAAGCAGUAAUGUUUCAAAGGAUAUUACAAAACCUAUUAAAAUGUCUAAAGCAACUAAAGUUAAAUCGGGGUUGACUCAAAUUGAUCCAAGUCUCAAGUGUGAUAAAACAAAUACUAUCGAAGAAUCUCAGUGUAAAGCCAGUAAAUUACAACAUUUAGAAAUAGGAAUGAAUGAUCUCGAGGAAACCGACAGUAAUACAGACAAAAUAUCUUCAAAUAAAGCUAAACCGUUAACUGAAAAAGUCAACGGUGAUCUUAAAAGCAAAAAUGUUGAGAAAGUUGUUAAGUUGCUUGUCUCAAAGAAGCAAGCAAAAAAAAUUGAUGAACCAUCUAUAGACCAAAGUCAAACGGAAAUGGUUGAAGAUAAAAUGACAGAGAAAGGAAAAGGAGAAAAAAUGGGGAAGCGUUGUAAAUUGGGAGUCGAUAAAGAGUCUAAAGGAAAAAGCGUGGAAAAAUUAGCUAAGUUACUUGUAUCAAAGAAGACUGCGUUAAAAACUGAUGAAGCGACGUUAGUGGUGGAGGAUGCGUGUGCGUCACCAACGCCUAGUUUAGUAGGGUCGACUAAUUUAGAUAGUACGGGGAGCGGAGUCAAUGCUGGCGGUGGUGUAAGUGGAUCAGGAGUUGGUGUAAAACGAGCAAGGCGUCGUCGGAGCGGGGUGCGAAGGGCUAGGCGUCCGCCUGCACCUUUGGCGCCACCUACCUUACAGCCACGCGCUCCUCCACGGUGGAGUAACGGCUGGAAUUGGGACGGCGAGCAUUAUGUAUCCAAAGUCUACCUCAAUAACGACUCGCGGCUGGACCGCACGGCGCGAUGCUGGGCGCGCAUGUGGCACGCGAGCGGCGACCGCGUGGCGCGCGGUGAUUGCGUGCUGCUGCGCGCCUCGCUCGCGCGUGCGCAGCCCUUCGUCGCGCGCGUCGCCAGCCUCUGGGAGAACCCCGACGACGGCGAGAUGAUGGUGUCGCUGGUGUGGUACUACCGGCCCGAGCACACGGCUCGCGGACGUGCGGCGGGCGACGCGCCCGACGAGGUGUUCGCGUCGCGCCACCGCGACGCUAACUCCGUCGCCUGCAUCGAGGACAAGUGCUACGUGCUCACCUUCAACGAGUACUGCCGAUACAGGAAACGGCUAAAAGCAGCAGAAGAAGGCAUCAAGAUCGCACCAUCUAUAGUGCCACCGAUGCCCGCCAGCGAAGUGACCCCAGCGUUGGCGCCAAACGACACGAAGCUACCACCAUCCGUAUCGCCGGAACUCGUUCUCUUCUGUCGAAAAAUAUACGAUUUCAGGUCUAAGAAAAUACACGUUCCCAACAAAUGA